CACACAAUCCACCCUCGCCCCCUCUUUCUCUCCUCCCCCACCGCUUGGGGGAUGUCAGUCUCAGCUGUUUCCGGCGCACUGGAAGCGGCGCACGCGCAUUCUGGCUGCUCCCCCGCUAUCGGCUGUUGUUGUCACCGCCGCCCUACUUAGCCGGGAGGCGUGGGGUGACCCGCGGCAGCCUUGUUCGUGAGGGCGGGGGGAGCCGCUGCCUGGCAGGUAACGCCACAAUUUGAGGCUUAUUUAUUGAAAUAUAUCUUCCGGGAUGAAGUAGACAAACAACAUAGGAAGGGUGUAAUUUAUAAGUAAUGACAGUUCAUUUGUUCCUAGAUGCAUAUUUAUUCUUUGUGAUUAGCCCAAAAAGUCUUUGGUGGAAGCAAAGAAACAAGUACCUGUGUUUGUAUAGACCUAAAGUCUGCUGUAGGAUAAGUCAUGCCAUUCAUCUUAGAGUUUUUCAUACCGGUGAGCCUCAGUAUAAAUGGGCCAGAAGCAGAACACUGUGGUAUAGCAAACACGUUUUCAGUCGUGACUUUUUGUAUUACAGAGUUUCUAAACUUUUAACUUCUUCUUCCAAAGGACUUGCAAAAGUGAACAGUCGCAUGUCACGAAUUAAGAAUACUAUAGAAUCUGUUUCAAAGGCAGUGUCUGGCACUCACAGUGAACUGGUUUCGCGAAUAGCUCGUUUAAAGUCACACUCAGGUACUUUAGGAAAGGAUACUAAAAGUAAUGCAGAUGAAAAUAACCUCAAUGUGAAUUUGGAAAGUGGUAAACAAUUCUCAGAUGCCAGAACUCAGGAGGAUUGCAACAGAGGCCUAGCUGCCAAGCAAUCCAGUAGCACAAAUGAAAACUUGGAGUUUGUGUUAAGCAGUACAAGUGACAGUAAUCAAGAUAUUCCAGAAGAUUCAACAUCUGCUAAAAACCACCUUUUUCAUAUAAGCUACCUUUCUACAAGUUUUGGAGAGACUUAUAACUUUGUUGCUGAUCAUAUCAACUGGUACUUCAGUAAUAUUUCUGUUAUGGAUCAAGAGAAGAAGAGGAAUGCUUUGUUAAAGGGCUCUAAAAGUGAAGCGAAGCUUGAUUCAUCAGAGAGUACUAUAAUUAGUGAAGAAACAGCGAAUUCAGCAGCUCCUUUAGCUCCUGAAACAGAGACUCAGGGUGCUGAGAAGUCAAAUGCUGCUCUUCCAGUUUCCACUAAAAAAAGUAUUGCAAACUUUCUUUCAUAUCCCAGUAACAGCGUACAGGCUUUUGUAGACAGUUACAUUGGUGGAUUGGUUCCCAAGUUAAGAUCGGAUACAAAAGUUGCUGCACAGGAAAAGAGUAAACAGCUAGAGCAAGAAGGGUCUGAGAAAGAUGAGGAGGAUGAACUCAAAGAGACUAAGAUUGCAGAAGAGAGGGAAAAACAUUUGUCCCUUCAGAGAGAAAAGAUCAUAGCAAGAGUGAGUAUCGAUAACAGGACUCGAGCAUUAGUUCAAGCCCUACGAAGAUCCUCAAAUCGAAGAGUCUGUAUCAGCAGGGUUGAAGAAUUGACUUACCAUCUUCUGGAAUUUCCAGAGAGCAGAGGAGUUGCAAUUAAGGAAAAGAUAAUCCCAUGCCUACUGCGAUUGAGACAAGCAAAUGAUGAAAGUCUUCAGGCUGCUGUUAGGGAGACUUUGGCAAUAAUUGGAUAUACAGAUCCGGUGAAAGGCUGGGGAAUUCGAGUCCUUGCUAUUGAUGGAGGAGGAACAAGAGGUUUAGUUGCACUUCAAACACUACGGAAACUAGAAGAACUUACUGGAAAGCCAGUUCAUCAUCUUUUUGACUACAUUUGUGGUGUAAGCACAGGAGCUAUAUUAGCUUUUAUGUUGGGGUUGUUCCAUAUUCCUCUGGAUGAUUGCGAAGAAUUGUAUCACAAGUUGGGAUCAGAUGUUUUUAAGCAGAAUGUUAUUGUUGGAACAGUUAAGAUGGGCUGGAGCCAUGCCUUUUAUGACAGUGAUGUCUGGGAAAAAAUGCUCAAAGAAAAAAUGGGCUCAAAUCUAAUGAUUGAAACUGCACGAAAUUCUAAAUGUCCAAAGGUAGCUGCAGUAAGCACCAUUGUAAACAGAGGAACACCACUGAAAGCUUUUGUUUUUAGAAACUACAACCACUUCCCUGGGGUUAAGUCUCACUAUAUUGGAGGCUGUCAGUAUAAACUGUGGCAGGCCAUUAGAGCAUCAUCUGCUGCACCAGGGUACUUCCAGGAAUAUGUUUUGGGCAAUGAUCUUCAUCAGGAUGGAGGCUUGCUUCUAAAUAAUCCUUCUGCACUGGCAGUUCAUGAGUGCAAGUGCCUUUGGCCAGAUGUUCCACUGCAGUGUCUGGUGUCGCUGGGUACUGGCCGAUACGAAAGUGCAGGGAAGACAAAUGUCACAUACACCAGUUUGAAAGCCAAACUCACAAACGUUAUCAGCAGCGCAACUGACACAGAAGAAGUUCACACCAUGCUGGAUGCACUGUUACCCCCAGACACUUAUUUCAGAUUUAAUCCUCUGAUGAAUGAAGACAUACCUCUGGACGAAAGUCGGAAAGAGAAACUGAGUCAGCUGCAGACAGAUGGAAUUCGCUAUUUAGAACGAAAUGAAGAAAAACUGAGAAAAGCUGCAAAAAUACUAACACAAGAAAAAUCAACUUUACAGAAAAUUCAUGAUUGGAUAAAAUUAAAGGCUGAUAUGUAUGAAGGGUUUCCUUUUCUUUCCAAAUUGUGAAUACGUAAUGCAUGAAACUCUGUAAAUGUAAAUCUUAUUUCAGAAAACUCAUUCAGUACUCUAGAGGAACAGUGUUUAUUGUGGGUGAACAACAUCUUUGGAAGCUGUCCUUAGAACUCUAGUGCAAGGAUGGCUGUUUUGUGCACACUUACCUUGAUAUCAAGUUUUACGGUGUUAAUUAUGAUUUUUGAACUUUAGGGAUCUUACUGUUGUUCUUAUUCAAUUUGUUGAAGUCGGUAAAACUGAAAAUUAUGAAAACGAUGCAUUUUUCAAUGUAUGUACCAUAUUUAUAAUUGGAGCAAGAUUCGGUCAGCCACCAGGCUCAUUGAAAAUAAACGAAUUAAUGACAAAUAAAAUCUUCACUCACCUUAGGUAGGCAGCAUACUUGUUAGGCUCUUAUGUAGCCAGUGAAUUUAAUAGAAAUGAAACCAAAAACAAAAAGAAACUUUGCUUGUGUUAAUUGCACUUUUACAUUUGAAAGAUAACCUCUAAAUUCUUUUUCUUUUCAGUGGUUUUUGUACAUAACUAUUCAGUAAGAUGUUUGGAUGACUAUAAAUGCCAUAUUAAAUUAUGAAGAUUAACUGAUAUUUUUAAGACUUGCUGCCUUUUUUUUUUUUAAUGACUUCAGAUUGGUUUGUUCAUUAUUUGGAAAUAAUCCCAAGCCCUCCAACUUCAUUUGAGCUGCUGUUCUUAUCUGAAGGUAAAGGAAAUAAAACUUUAAAAAGUUCACUAGUUAUGCAAGUGAGAAGCUUGUUAUAGAAGCUUCAGUUUUUGAUGCCAAACUUCAGACGUCAAGAAAAAUUUAGCAGUUGGUACUUGAAAUAAUAAAUUAUGCAUUGCCUUUUAUCUUUCAACUUUCAUACGUACACUCUCUUGAAAUUAUGUGAAGUUUUAUUUACAGCUUACUAUGGUCUUACUACUCAUUGCAUUGCAACCUCUUGCUUAUGUUAAGCGAGGUGGUGUGGUAAGCAGUGCCGAUUCAGUAUGUUAAUGAAACAUUUUCAACAACACUAUUAGAAACACUGUAAGUGCAAUGAAAUGUGAGUUAGCUGCUGUCAUCUGUUGGGCAUCAAUACAAGUCAAGCACUCUUCUCUGGGUGACUUUUUACAUCUUAGUAGGCAGCUACAUGGAACAGCUUACUGUGUAACAUGUCCAAUUUCACCAAAAGGCAACAUUUGUCCAUUUGCCUUUCAGGGGUUAUAAACUGCCAUUGCAUUGUUUUCUAAACCUUGACACUGUUUUCUCACCUUGACAGUCACCUUCUCAACUUGUCUUCUUCAAUCAAAUGGUAGUAGAUUCUUUUAAGAAGGGGACAUGGAAGAGGACAACAGAGAUCCUCAGGGGCUGCCACAUAGCAUUUUGUGACUGUGGGAAAGUAUUUGAUUUGGGCUGGUUUUUAUUUUUCAAUGUGUGAAAAAGUUUUACCUGUCUGAGUAUUUUGUUUUUUCUUUACUCAAAUACCCAUUGUUUCCAGUGUUCCCUCAGUUCUCGGACUUGUUUGGUCAGUGAAGCUAGUCGGUGCCAUUAGCACAAAACAACCUGAAGCCUUCAAUUCUUUAUUUAACGCUUCCCCAUGCAAACAAAUUCUAGGUGCAUAAGGAUUAAAGAAGUGUUUAUUAUUCAGCAUGUGAGGAAGGAAAAAGAGGAGAAACGAAGAGAAAGAAAAGUUCUGAAGUUACACUGAUUUAAAGAUAAGAAGUGAAAGAAUGUGUGUUUUUUAUUGACCAGGGUUUGGUGUUUGUUUUUCUUCUUUUUUGUGUUGUUUGUGUGGUGGUGGUUCUGGUCAUUCCUUUUUUACUGUGAACAAAAAUAGUUCCUUGAAUAGGGCAAUAAAAAGUUUUAUGAUCUUGA